AUGGCCUGGGAGAACCACAUCUGCAGCCGCGGAGGCCCGGGCACAGGCGGAGCCCCGACGCCCCGCCCCGACGCCCCGCCCCGACGCCCCGCCCCGCCCCAACGCCCCCUCCCGGCGGGCCCGGCCCAGCGCGGGGGACGCGAGCGCGAGCGGCGACCCACCUACGGCUUCCAGACGACACGCGGCGUCUCCGGCGCUCCUCUGAGCCUCGCGGUGGGCGGACGGCCCGGGGACACGCCGCGAGGACCGCCCUGGGCCCGGGGCCGCGCCGGCCCCGCUGCCGCCCCGCUGCCGCCCCGCGCCGCCAGCCCCGGGCCGCCGGGGGCCCUCGGCGCCCAGCCCCGCAGCGGGCUCUCCCCGGGGAAGCCCCGCCGCCCGGGGCUCGCGCGGCCCAGCGCCCGCCUCCCCAGGACGCCGCCGGCUGACGGGCGGCCCCACCUCCACCGAGCCCGAGGCGGGCUGCGCGCCGGGGCGGGGCGUCGCCGCGACUUCGGGGAGAGCGGUGCGUUCGCGCCACGGCCGCUCCCCGGCAGCAGCGAAGCGACCGACCCUGCCGGCCGCGGCCCCAGCGGCGAGCCCGGACCCUCCACGCCCCGCUCCCGCCCCCGAGGCGCCAGGAGGGCGGCGGGCGGGGCUCCGGCUCCGGCGCCGGCUCCGGGGAAGCACCUGGCCGGCGGGGCUCCGCUCCAGGGGACGCUCGGCCGCCGCCCUGACCCCCCGCGGCCCCACCACCCAGCCUCCCGCUCCGCCCACCCGCAGCCCCCGAGUCCCGCCGGCCUCCCCGGCGCGCGUCGGCCUUCCCCGGGGCGGCCCUCCGCGGCGGCGCCCCACGACGCCCUCGGACGCCCUCGGACCCCUCGCCCGCCCCCCGCCCCCCGCCCCCCGCCCCGCGACCGCCCGGGACCAGCCCCUGCGCCCGGCUCCGCUCCGCGCACAGGCCGAGUGAGGCCACGCGCCGCGCCUUCAGCCAGCGCCGCCGGGGCCCGACCUGGGGCCCGGCCUCCCCUGUCCCCCCGGAGCCGCAGCAGCUUCGCGGACGCGCCGUCGGACGAACCCAGGGCCGCCACGGCCCGCACGAGCAGCCGCCCGAGGAGCCUCCCGACCGCCUCCCCGACCCCCCCCCAGGAGCAGCCGCCCGAGGAGCCUCCCGACCGCCUCCCCGACCCGCCCCCCGAGGAGCAGCCGCCCGAGGAGCCUCCCGACCUCCUCCCCGACCCCCCCCCCAGGAGCAGCCGCCCGAGGAGCCUCCCGACCGCCUCCCCGACCCCCCCCCAGGAGCAGCCGCCCGAGGAGCCUCCCGACCGCCUCCCCGACCCGAGCAGCCGCCCGAGGAGCCUCCCGACCGCCUCCCCGACCCCCCCCCAGGAGCAGCCGCCCGAGGAGCCUCCCGACCGCCUCCCCGACCCGCCCCCCGAGGAGCAGCCGCCCGAGGAGCCUCCCGACCUCCUCCCCGACCCCCCCCCCAGGAGCAGCCGCCCGAGGAGCCUCCCGACCUCCUCCCCGACCCCCCCCCCAGGAGCAGCCGCCCGAGGAGCCUCCCGACCUCCUCCCCGACCCCCCCCCCAGGAGCAGCCGCCCGAGGAGCCUCCCGACCGCCUCCCCGACCCCCCCCCCCAGGAGCAGCCGCCCGAGGAGCCUCCCGACCUCCUCCCCGACCCCCCCCCCAGGAGCAGCCGAGCAGCCGCCCGAGGAGCCUCCCGACCUCCCGACCUUACUCCGCCAGGGCCCGCGGGGGAGGAGAGGCCCCGCCCCAGGUCUCCCAGCCGGGCUGGUGGCAGUCGGGGGCGGCUCCCCCGCAGGCACCCCGAGGGCGCGCUGUCCGCUCAGGCCGGGCACUGGAGCGCGCCCUGCUUCCCUGAGCCUCCCCCUUCCCGGGCCACACCGAGCCUGGCGCCGCGGCGGGGGGAGCCUCGGGAACAGCCCUCGCAGCGCGCCGAGCGCCCCCUGCCCGCAGCCCCGCCCGUGCCCCCCGCCUGGGCCGCAGCCCGAGCACGUCGGCGCGGGGGCCGAGCGUUCGGCUCCUCACCGUCUGCCCGGAGGCCCGCGGGCGGCGGCGGCUCGCUGUCCUCGUAG